AUGCCCCGGCCGCCGUUCAUUCCGUUACUGCCGGCGAAUGAGGACAUGGAUGGAAAUGAGGAAACUGCAUCAAACUUAGUGACAAGUAAGAGUUCAUUGCAGUUAGCAAUUGCUAUUCUUAAAGGAGAACUUGAAAAUGCUAUUGCUUCGGCGAACCAUAUGUACUGUGAUCUUUGGAAAAAUUCAGUGUGUAGCAGCUCAAAGUUCCUAUUUCGCCGGCCUGGGAUUUUGAAAUCGCACUUUUCAAGUGAACAGAAAUCAAAAAAGAAAGAGGGUUCAAAUGCUUCAGCUUCUGUAAAUGUGGAAACAGGAGCUAACAAAUUGAUCUUUCCCAAAUUAACCGUCAGUCCUCUUAGAAGGUUCCAAUUGAUCGAUUCUGAUUCUGAUGAUCCUUCUGCCAUUGACGAUGUGGAGAAAGCAAGGAAACGUUUGGACAAGUGGGAAGAAAUAAAAAGCUAA